GCGGCGGCGUUGUCGUCGUCGUCGUCGGCGGCGGCGGCGGCGGCGGCGGCGACUCCGCGGCCGGGCGGCUCGGGCGAAGCCGCCGUGGGCCUUAUCUUCCGGCGGCCGGCGGAGUUUGUGCUGAUCGUUCCCGCCGCCCGCCCCGGCUGCCAUCUCCUCCUCUUCCUCCCUCUCCUCCUCCUCCUCCUCCUCCUCCUCCUCCUCCUGGGCCGGGCCGGUCCCCUCCCCGCGGCCGCCUCCUCCUGGGCUGGGCCCGCGGCGUCUCGUCCCCUCGCGGAGCCGCCGCCGCCGCCGCUGCUGCCGCCGCCGCCGCCGCCGCCGCCUCCUCCUCAUUCAUCCUCGUGCACCAUAGGCGGCACAGGCACCAAGAUGUCCAACCGAGUGGUCUGCCGGGAAGCCAGCCACGCCGGGAGCUGGUACACCGCCUCAGGACCUCAGCUGAAUGCCCAGCUAGAAGGUUGGCUUUCACAAGUACAGUCUACGAAAAGACCUGCUAGAGCCAUUAUUGCACCCCAUGCAGGAUACACGUACUGUGGCUCUUGUGCUGCCCAUGCUUACAAACAAGUGGAUCCAUCUAUUACCCGGAGAAUUUUCAUCCUUGGGCCUUCCCAUCAUGUGCCCCUGUCUCGAUGUGCACUCUCCAGUGUGGAUAUAUAUAGGACUCCUCUGUAUGACCUGCGUAUUGACCAAAAGAUUUAUGGAGAGCUAUGGAAGACAGGAAUGUUUGAACGCAUGUCUCUGCAGACAGAUGAAGAUGAACACAGUAUUGAAAUGCAUUUGCCUUAUACAGCUAAAGCCAUGGAAAGCCAUAAAGAUGAGUUUACCAUUAUUCCUGUACUGGUUGGAGCUCUGAGUGAGUCAAAAGAACAGGAAUUCGGAAAACUCUUCAGUAAAUAUCUAGCGGAUCCUAGUAAUCUCUUUGUGGUCUCCUCUGAUUUCUGCCACUGGGGUCAAAGGUUCCGUUACAGUUACUAUGAUGAAUCCCAGGGGGAGAUUUAUAGAUCCAUUGAACAUCUAGAUAAAAUGGGUAUGAGUAUUAUAGAACAAUUAGAUCCUGUAUCUUUUAGCAAUUAUUUGAAGAAAUAUCAUAAUACUAUAUGUGGAAGACAUCCCAUUGGGGUGUUAUUAAAUGCUAUCACAGAGCUCCAGAAGAAUGGAAUGAAUAUGAGCUUUUCCUUUUUGAAUUAUGCCCAGUCGAGCCAGUGUAGAAGCUGGCAAGAUAGUUCAGUGAGUUAUGCAGCUGGAGCACUCACGGUCCACUGAAGCUCCGACCCUCAGGGACGCCACCUGCACAGACUCAUACUCUGUCCAGGGUCCAGCCUAGCCUUUACCACAAUGUUGGUUCUGGUGUGGGGGGAUUCUGAAACCUCAGACUAACAGAACUCUCUUCUCUUCUUUUCUAGUAGGUGUAGUCCUCCUUAAUUUCAACUCAUUUAAAAAUGCUUUAUAGUUUGGGGCUGUGGAAGGAAGGCUGAAAUCAAAAUAUUUUGAUUAAAAAAAGAUGACAUUGUAAAGGCCCAAUUGGCACACAGUUUUUGAAAAUGACUUGUAAAGCAUUUAGCAUACCCAAAAUUUGCACUCUUUGCAGACUCAUGCACAUAUAUUCCGCUUUCAGAAUAGUUUUGCAAAUUGUACACAGACAAAAAAGGGUGGAAGCUUUUUAAUAAAGGAACUUGCAUUUAUAAAUGAUCUGUAUUAGAAUAUAAGAAAUCUCCAGUUAUAGACAAUUACUACCCAUGUUGUACAACAGAUACCUUCUAUUUUAGUUGCUAAUAAAGGGCUACACAACUCAAAAUAGUCUGAUUUAAACUUAUUGCUUUGUGGUAUAAAUGGAAAUUUGAUUUUUAUUAAUUCAUCUCAGAAUUUUUGUUGAAAUGGCAAGCCUCAGCUCCUAUGUAAGAACGUUGGAAUAUAUUUUAUUUUUACAUUCAUGUGAUUUUUCUUAAAUCACAAAAAUGAUAGUCACGUAAUUUUAAAGUUAACUUUCAAAAUUAGUCAUUUGCCUUUUUGUGUGUGACAUACCCUCAUGUCAUUAUUAUAUUGUAGUAGAAUAUAAAUUCAAGGAUGCUUUAAAAACAAAUAGAUUUAGUCCUUUCCUUCAAACACCGUGUUUGAUAGUCUGCAAAUGAAGAAACAUUGAAGAGUGUUAUUAGUGUGUUUCGAGUCAUUGCAGACCACACACCACUAUGUAUUUUUUUUACUGCUUUAAGCAAUUUGACUCUUUUACUUGAAUUUUUAGCAAGAAUUCAUUGACAAUAACCGUAACAAGGCCUACUGGACUUGUAAUAGUCCUGCAAAUUUGCUUUUUUUGGGGGUGGGUGGGCAUGAUUUUUGGUGCGGCUCUUCCAACUAAAAUAAUGGUAUGGUGUUGUAUUAAUUUAUCAUAGACUUAUUCUAGUCAUUUUGACAAAAAAACGUGUAAUUCAUUAAGCCAUCAUGCAUGUUCUUCAUUAUACCUAUUUUAACAUAACACUGGGUGUCUAUAUCACAUUGGAGAGUGUUUAUAUCUUCAGUGUUAUACCCAAGUAGCACAAUUUUUAGAUGCCUUGCACCAAUUUUCUUUGGAAAUUUGCAUUUCUUAUUUAUUAAAUAAUUUUAUAUACUCAAGAAUGAGAGAAAAAUAAUACUACCGUUUAGAUUCAAAAUUAUCUACUUAUACAUGUAGGGAUUAUACUCUUAUACAUUAGUGAUUUAUUUUCCAUUAUUUAGAUAUGCUUUUGAGUACUAUAAAUAUUUAUCCUUUGUUUAAUACAGAUUAUAAAAAUUUCUGAAUUGACAAUAGUGAAUUUUUAAAAUGUUUUCUGAGUACAAAAUUUGAAAAUACUGAAAAUUCAGAAGAAAAAAAGAUUACCUACUGUCUUACUACCCAGAGAUACACUGUUAAUGUUUUUCUGUAUUUACUUUUAGUCUUGUGUUGUUUAUGAGUGUGUAUGUGUUUGUGUGUGCGCAAUAACAGAGUGAGAUUCUAGUGCUCAUAAGGUUGCAUUAUGCCCUGUUAUUCUAAGUACUUACUACCUAUGUCUUUGAAAGCUCAAUUUUAAAAAAUGGCUAACUGAUAUGUUAACAUUGUAUGGAAAUAAUCAGUUCUCUCUUUGGAUGUUAGGCUGUUUCUAAUCUUCCACAAUUUUACAAUGGGAAGGGCAUUCUAUAUAAAGUCUGAACUCUAUAUUAGACCCAUUCUCCAGGAUACAAUCAUGAAAAUGAAAUAAGUGGUUUACAUGAUAAGAAUUUCUUAGACCCUUUAGAAUAUGCAAAAUUACGUUUCUAAUUGUACCAAAAUAACAGUGUCCCCUCAUCAGCAUCCGUUCUUCUAACUUUUGACAAAUCGUUAAACAAGUAAUUGGUUAUUUCUUUGUUGAGUUUCUUUCAAAUUAAUCAUUUAUUAUCUUUCUAUAAAUUUAGAAUGGUUUUUGAGAAACAACAUAAGAAAGAUAUCUCGUCCUAAGAGUGUGUUAUACUGCACAUUUUUGUUUGUUCAUUUAUUUGCUUUGAGACAUGGUUUGCCUGUGUAGACCAUGCUCACCUGGAUAGCCCAGGAUGGCCUCAAAACUCAUGUCUGAGCCUCCUUUCUCAGCCUCCCAAGUGCUGGGAUUGCAGACAUGCAGUACUGUGCCUAGCUUGUACUGCACUUUUAAAACUAGAAUAUUCCAAGAUUAGUUUGUCCUUUUUUAAAAUGAGCAGGUUUUUUUUUUGUUUGUUUGUUUUUUUUUUUUUAAAUUACCUGUUUUUAGAGUAGACACAUUUCUAAACUGAUACUGUGUUCAAUUCUAGUUCUGUCUCUGCCACUAGUUAAUUCUCUGAAGUGGUGUUUUCCGUGUCAUGCUGAAGUUUCCUUGUCUGUGCGGGGUGCAGAUGACCUCUUAAGCACCUUCUUGUUUCAGAGUGCCAGGUUUUAUGAUUUUAUUUUUUAAUUGAUUUUGGCGUGACAUGUUAGAUAGGUACAUGAUUGAUUUAGAUAUUUUUAUUUCAGUUCUACAUAUGAAAAUGAAAGUAAAAACCUUGUUAUUUCAGAAAAAGCAGGAAUUAAUUCACUUUACAUCUAAAUUAUUGGACUUAGCCUUCCUAUUUUAAGUGCCUUUAAAAGUUUUGUAUUUCAGAUAUAAAAUGUGAAAUUAUCAUGUAGUUCUAUAAUACAGUUCCUUUGUUAAGAACUUAUGAAUUAUUUUCAGCAACCUUUUAUUUACCUUAGGUCACACAGAAAAUAGUAUUUGUGGAGUCCCCUCUCCCCCACUAGUUAGUCCUUAAGAAAUGUUAGUCUAGAGAUAAGCUAAUUGAGCAGGUAAGUAAGUACUCUGCCCUGGAAAUAAGAAGCCCAUAUAAAGAAUAAAGAACUAGUGAGAGUCCAAUGCCUAUAUUUGUAUAUUCCAGUAUGGAUGUUAUUUCCUGAGCUCUAGCUAAUGGUUAUGAUUAUAGUUAUCAUAGUUUGCUUUGGAAGCAUGUAGUUCAUCCCCCUCGAUUAGGGAUUGGGAUAUGUUUUCUGUGAGGGACCAGAUAAUUAUUUUGGACUUAAUAUGCCACAGUGGUCUCUGAUCUGCCAUUGUAAUACAAAAGCAGCCAUAGACAACAUGUAACCAAACAUAUGUAUAUGUUUAAUAAAAAUUUAAUUUAUACUAAGAUGGAAUGCUGGAAUUGGCCUGCAGACCAUAAUUUAACAUUCUUAUCCUAGGUGGUAUAAUUCCUUUGUAGUUUAAAGUUGGCUAAUGAUCUAGCGAUAGUAUACAACAGGUGGUUAUAUGUUUCUGCCAUGUGAGCCUUCUUUUAAUUGGAUGCAGUGUCACUGGCUGAAUUUCUUACUGAAUGCUCACAAAGGUAAGUGCGAAGUAGGGAAAAUUAAGAAUUCCUGCAGAUACCUGUCAGAGCACCUUGAAAUACUUGUAUUUGCUGAAGUACAUUGAGUUUAUUUUGCUGCUGUAAACUAAUGAGGAGUGGAAGUGAUGCAUUGUUGACCUUGCUGUGUAGCCAAGGCUGUCCUCUAGCUCCCUGGUGUUGGGACUUCAGGUGUGUACCCCUAGGCCUGUCACAGUGAACUGUUUCACAUGAGUAUUUCAGGUCACUAGGAAAGACUUGAAAAAGUGCCCCUUUCUAUCACUCUUAUUUUAUUGAAACAAUGAUUUCUAAUAAACUCAGAAUAAAAGAGAGAAGUUUAAUUCAAAUAACUUUAGUUGUACUAUUGUUUCAUCAUUGAGGAUCACAGAACACCUCAUCACGUGGUGCUGUCAGCCCUACAGAGAUGCCAGUUAUUCUAAUAAUAACUAAUCAUUAGAAACUGUACGGAGGAGACUUAAUAAGCCACAUACAUGCUAUUGUUUAGACUGGAAAUUGUACAUCAUUGGAUUAAAUCUGAACGUUUACACAGUAAGAGAAACAGGCUUGUGUGGACCAUGAUGUAGUUGAAGGAAUAGGGGGCAUUUGUUUUUUAAGAGGAUAAGUUUUUUUUUUUUUUUUUUCUAUUUAUUUAAUUAUUAUGUAUACAGUGUUCUGCCUGCAUGUAUGUCUGCAGGCCAGAAGAGGGCACCAUAUCUCAUUAUGGAUGGUUGUGAGCCACCAUAUGGGUGCGACACAAAAGCAGAUACACUGUAAAGAGGAUAAGUUUUAAGGAGAAGAGGUCUUCAAAUAUUUGUAUGACUGCCACUCAAAAGGAAUAGAAUUGUUAUGUAAUUGUUGUAAGUUAAGCCUUUUUUUUUCUUUAAUCCCAGCAUGAGGGGCUAGAGGCAACUGGAUCUCUGUAAAUUAGAAGCCAGUUUGGUGUGUGUAGCAAGUUCCAAGCUAGCCAGGACAAUGUAGUGAAAUCCUGUCUCCAAAAAAAGAGGAGUUAAGAAGUGUAAGUUUCUGGUCCACAUUAAAUGUGGUAUGUGAACAUGUCUGAUGAUGAAAAUUGGCUCUCUUCUCAUCAAAUCACUAGAAAUAUUCAAAUAAAAGCUAGAUCAGUGAUUCUCAAAGUAGCAGUGAUACCAACUGAAACUUUUAUGAAUAAUUUGUGUGUGUGUGUGUGUACAUUUGGAGGGACAAAAGACAAUGGAAUUAGUAUAAUUUAAUGGAAGUUUGUAUGAAGUGUUAUUUUCAAAUCAAAAUAGAUUUUAAACUAUAUUAACUUCUAACAGAUUAUGUAUUGUUAAAAUGAUACUUAGAACCUUAGGCUAAUUCUUUAAUGUAAAGAUGUCAAUACAAAGCAAGUUCUAUCAGUCAGUCCCUAAUACAAAUUGAAGUUGUUAUUUUUAUUUUAUUUUAUUUUUUAAUGGCUGCUUUCUCAAACAGGCACUUCUUCAAACUGAAGAACAACUUUUAUCAGUGUCGGGAUGGUGUACUGAAAUGAAGUACUAGAGGAACUAACAUUAGAAAGGAAAAUAAAUUUUCCUGUCAUUUUCCUGUUAUGGCUAGCAUAUACCUGCAAAUAGGAUCACAUUGCAUGGCAUAUUAUCACCAGAGACCAUCCUGUUUUAUAAAUGGCCCCUCCAGUAAUGCUGGUACCUGAGACCUUGGCCUUAUUUAAAUUGCUGUAGAUGAAUUCUGUUUGCCUAGCCUUAUCUUUGAGUUUUUAGUACUGUGUUAAGAGGUUGAAUGUUUCCAUUACCAUUUAUUCUAGAGUUCACUGGUGUUUUCAGACUGGUUUAUAUCUAGGAUCUAUUUAUUGUGUUUCUAUUUUCCUUUCCUUCCUGUGUGUUUGGGGAUGGGGGUUGCUGUUUUAAAUUUCAAUACAAGGUUUUGGCUAUUACCCUAUAAAAUAAUGGGAAAAAAUUUAAAACCAGUUCUUCUAAUUUUGAAAGCCAUAAUAUAAUGCAUUUAGGUUUUUUGUUAAUAAGUUAAGUUCAUGUGUACAUUUCUUAAUGCCAAGUCAAAUUUGUGUGAUAUGAUCAUGUAUAUUAUUCCUGUUAUCCCAAAUAAUGAAACCAAAGAAAACAUACAUGCCAUUAUAAACAGCAGUUGAAGGCCAACUAUAUUCAACCAUAUAAGCAGGGCAUGAGUUCUGAUCUUUGAAUCUGCCAAUAUAAAAAUUCUGGAAAAUAUUCAAAAUUUACUGGCUGAUAUUCGGAAUUCCUCACUCAGUAUGAUAUUAUAUAUUUAAGUAAAAAGAACUAAAACACAACUUAAACGAAGUAGAAUAUAUUGACUGAAUUUUGUGUUUUAAAAUUAAAUACUUAAAAACUGUAAAGUCAGUUUUAAUAAAGGUAUUUUAAACUUUACUUUUAUAAAUGUAAUUCUUUUUGAGAAUUUUUUUAUUUGGAAUUUAUUCAUUUGAAUAUAGGACAGAAUAGACAUUCAACUGGUGGUGUUCAGUUCUGGUGAUAUGAAUUUUGAAAGAUGGAGAAGAAAAGAAUACAAUAAAAUGUUUUCUACAAUACAAACCUUUUAAUUGGAAGCUUUUUCCAUUUUUCAGUUUUAACUGUGGAAAUCAAGUUUCUAACUAAAUCAAAGGAGGGCAGAAUUAUUUUGUUAACUAUAUGUCCUGCCAAGUGGACUGAGUGAUAAUGAAGUGUCUGGUGUGUUCAGAACCGUUGAUUCGUGAUUUCUGGCUCAUUUUACUUUUAUGUAGUAUCCCAUGGUGUAUAUCCUAGUCUCAUAAUAUUGGAAAGACUUUGAAAGUUAGUUGCAAUAGCUGUGGCUUCCUUACCAGGGCCACCAGGUUGUCUGUAGUAGGACACUGGGGUGCUAGAAGCACCCGACUGGUCCAUUUCAGCUUUGCAGGUGAAUCCCUUUGGGUUCCUGGAACAAAUCAUCAGGUGACGAGCACCUCUUCCCAGACAUGGCUAGGGCAAGAAUUGGGUUCUGGUUCUUUAGUUCUGUGUAUUUUGAAUAUUAUACCAUAUUCCAAAUUUUGGUUUUAGCACUGGCUAUUUGUUGUACUUUGUUGAAUUUAGAAAGUAAGGGUUUUUGCAGAUUUAGUGAAAACCAUUUAUGGAAACGCCUCUUAAUUUGUAAAAGCAAUUUCUUUUGUGGGCUCACAUCCCUUAAUUGCAGACAUUUAUAUUCUGUUAUUGGGGGAUUAUUUUACAAUUUUGGAAUUCUGCUCUAGUGCGUAUGUGCCACAUGCUGCUUUUAUGUAAUGGGACAAUGACAACAGUUGUGUGUGUGAGUCUUAGUGCUGGUGAGAUGAAGACAGACGCCCGGCUCUUCGUUCUGGUCCUUUAUAAAGUGUUCUCCAAGCACACGCUACUCUUUGGAGUUUCUCGGCUGCCCACACAGCACAGUAGAGCACUGGGGAACAGUGCCUGAGGAGGAUAGGAAUUAGGGGAUGACAAUUCCAGUCUUACGUCUUUCUGGAUGGUCUGGAGGCUUGUUUCCUAGAGUUCACAACAAGAAACUGUUAAAUUCAGAUUCUUCCAUCUUUUCCUCCUCCGACACUUCCAUUCCUGUAUGGGCAUUUCCUGGGAUUAUCUCCCAAAUAAGCCUCUUAGCUUUGAAUCUAUUUCUGAGUCUUAUUUUCUGGGACUUACUUGAAAUGUUCAUAUUAUAUAUGGAAUAUGUUAAAAAGAAAAUUAUUUUGGAUAAAAAUCUAAAACAUCUUAAUUUGUCUUAUCACAUCCAUACUCAAUUUAAUUUCUUUAGUUUCAUCUUAUUAUAAAUUUAGAACUCUAAGAGAUUUUUCUACUUGUGCUUUUAAAAAGAUAUGGCGAGGUCAUAAAAGUAUGGACAAAGUGGAUUAUUUGGUAGAAAUUGAAGCAGAACAAGGAACUUGGUAUGGUCAUGGUCAGACAGUAUGUGCCAGUUGGAUUCAGUUUUUUCACACCUUUCACUGCUGUUUAUACUUAACCAGGGGUCAGGCAUAGCCUUGUGUAGUGUUGACCGUGAUGAUGAAUUUACUCUGUGAGCUUGGUUAGACUGUGGCUUUCUGUAGGCUAUUAAAGAAAAGGGAUAUGCAUUUUAGAAGUUGAGUGAGCUCUUUGUUUAAUUUAAAGGCCAUUUAAGGGGCGGGAAAGAUGACUUAGAGGAUAAGAUCACCGGCUGCUGUUGAAGAGGACCUGGCUCAGUUUCCGGCACCCACGUGGCAGCUCACAGCUGUUUGUAAUUCUAGCUCUGGGGGAGCCACUGCCCUCUUCUGGCCUCCAUACACACCAGACAUACAUGUGGUGCUCAUGUAGACGUGCCAGGUACACAUUUAUACACAUGAAAUACAAAUCUUUUUUAAAAAUCUUAUUUAAGUAACAUUUUUCCAUUUAUUUAUAUACUGACCACAGUUUCCCCUCCUUCCUUUCCUCCCAGUCCUGUCCCCAACCCCCCUGCUUUCCAUCUUCCCCUGUCCUCUUCCACUCCAUCUCCAUUCAGAAAGGGCCAGGCCUCCCAUGGGCUUGAACAAAGCAUGGCACAUCGAGUUGAGGCAGGACUGAGCUCCUCCCCUUGUGUCAAAGUUGGACAAGGUAAUCCUUGGAGAACAGGUUCCCAAAAGCCAGCCAAGUGCCAGGGACAGGUUCUGAUCUCACUGCUAGGAGCCUUACAAAUAGACCAAGCUACACAACUAUCACACGUGCAGAGGGCCUAGGUCAGUCCUCUGGAGGCUCCCUAACUGUUGGUCCAGAGUCCAUGUGCUCCCACGAGCUCAGGUCAGCUGCCUCUGUGGGUUCCCCCAUCAUGAAGCCCAUGACAUAACACAAUUCCUCCUCCUUUUUCUUCAGCAAAACGCUCGGAGCUCAGCUCAGUGCUUGACUGUGGAUCUCUGCAUCUGCUUCCAUCAGUUACUGGAUAGAGUAUCUCUGAUGAUAAUUAGGGUAGUCACCAAUCUGACUACAGUAGAGGCCAGUUCAGGCACUCUCUUCCACUAAGUGUCUUAGCUGAGAUUAUCCUUGUGGAUUCUUGGGGGUUUCCCUGGUGCCAGGUUUUUCCCUAACUCUCAAAUGUUCCUCUCUCCCAUCAAGACAUCUCUUUCCCUACUCUCCCCCUCUAUCCUGCCUCCAACCCACCUCCUGUAUCCCACCUGCCCAACGUACUCCCUCACAUUCCCAUCCCUUCCUUCAACUUUCCCCUGCCUUCAAGAGUUUACCCAGGAGAUCUGUUUCCCCUUCCCAGGGAAAUCCAUGCAUUCCUCUUUGGGCCCUCUUUGUUAGCUAGCCUCUCUGGGGCUGUAGAUUGUAGGUUGGUUGUCCUGUACCUUACUCCUAAUGUCCACUUAUGAGUGAGUACAUAUUAUUCAUCUUUCUGGGACUUGGUUACGUCAUUCAGAAUGAUUUUUUUUUCUAGUUCCAUCCGUUUGCCUGCAGAUUUCAUGAUUUCAUUGUUUUUUUAUAGCUGAGUAAUACUCCAUUGUGUAAACGUACCCCAUUUUCCUUAUCUAUCCUUUGGUUGAGGGGCAUCUAGAUUGUUCCAGGAUCUGGCUAUUACGAGUAAUGCUGCUAUGAACCUAGUUGAGCAAGAGUCCUUGUGGUAUGAUUGAGCAUCCUUUGGGCAUAUGCCCAAGAUUAGUAUAGCUGGGUCUUGAGGAUUGAUUUCCAGUUUUUUGAAAAACUGCCAUAUUGAUUUCCAAAGUGGCUGUACAAGUUUCCACUCUCACCAGCAGUGGGGGAGUGUUCCCCUUGCUCCACAUCCUCUCCAACAUAAGCUGUCAUAUAUGUUUUUGAUCUUAGCAAUUCUGACAGGUGUAAGAUGGUAUCUCAGAGUUGUUUUGAUUUCCAUUUCCAUGAUGGCUAAGGAUGAGCAAUUCCUUAAAUGUCUUUCUUGACCAUUUGAGAGUCUUCUGUGAGAAUUCUCUGUUUAGAUCUGUAUCCCAUUUUUAAAUUGGAUUAUUUGGUAUUUUGAUGUCUAGUUUCUUGAGUUCUUUAUAUAUUUUGGAGAUGAGCCCUCUGUCAGAUGCAAGGUUGGUGAAGAUCUUUUCCCAUUCUGUGGCUGCCAUUUUGUCUUAUUGACUGUGUCCUUUGCCUUACAAAAGCUUCUCAGUUUCAGAAGGUCCCAUUUAUUAAUUGUCAACUUCAGUGUCUGUGCUGCUGGUGUUAUAUUCAGGAAAUAGUGUCCUGUGCCAGUGCGUUUAAGGCUACUUCCUACUUUCUCUUCUGUCAGAUUCAGUGUAACUGGAUCUAUGUUGAGGUCUUUGAUCCACUUGGACUUGAGUUUUGUGCAUGGCGAUAGAUACGGAUCUAUUUGCAUUCUUCUACAUGCUGACAUUUAGUUAUGCCAGCACCAUUUGUUGAAGAUGCUUUCUUUUUUCCAUUGUAUAAUUUUGGCUUCUUUGUCAAAAAUCAGGUGUGUGGAUUUAUGUCAGGAUCUUCGACUUGAUUCCAUUGAUCCACCUGUCUGUUUUUAUGCCAAUACCAACCUGUUUUUAUUACUAUAGCUCUACAGUAGAGCUUGAAGUCAGGGGUGGUGAUGCCUCCAGAAGUUCCUUUAUUGUACAGGAUUGUUUUAGCUAUCCUGGGUUUUUUGUUUUUCUAUAUAAUUGAGUAUUGUUCUUUCGAGGUCUGUAAAGAAUUGUGUUGGAAUUUUGAUGGGGAUUGCAAUAAAUCUAUAGAUUGCUUUUGGUAAGAUUGCCAUUUUUACUAUAUUAAUCCUACCUAUCCAUGAGCAUGGGAGAUCCUUCCAUUUUCUGAUAUCUUCUUCAAUUUCUUUCUGUAAAGUCUUAAAGUUCUUGUCAUACAAAUCUUUCACUUAUUUGGUUAGAGUUACCCCAAGGUAUUUUAUAUCAUUUGUGGCUAUUGUAAAGGGUGAUGUUUCUCUGAUUUCUUUCUCAGCCUGUUUACCAUUUGUAUAUAGGAGGGCUACUGAUUUUUUUGAGUUAAUCUUGUAUCCCACCACAUUACUGAAGGUGUUUAUCAGCUGUAGGAGUUCCCUGGUAGAAUUUUUGGGACUACUUACAUAUAAUAUCAUGUAUCUUUAGGUUCAAAAAAGAAGAGUCGAUUCCAAGUUUUUAUGUACUCUUCUUUGGAUAUUCUGCUACUGCCUUUUCUGUUUCCCUGCAUCAUUUUUAGUUCUUUGAUAGCUGCUUUCAAACAUGAGAAGCUGAUUUUAAUAGCGACUGAAGGAGUAUGUAGAACGUUUGUAUUUAUGUUAGAUAUAUAGUUAAGCCUUUUUACUAUAAAAUUUAUGAUACGUGUCUUAACAAUAUAUUGAUUUUGUUUUAUGGUUUGAAUAUAGAUGAAAUUUAAGUAAAUACUUUGUUCCGUUUAUAGACCAUCCUAAGAUGAGUAUGGACACAAAUGUAACCAUAAGAGCACAUUUGAAAAAUAUAUUUCAAUUGAUUUUUUCUGGUAUGUUAGACCUGUUGUUUAUCCAUCUGUCAGUCUCUCAUCAGAAAUACCAGAAAAUGUUGACUACAUGCUGUUAAUUUGCCUUUGGACCCUUGAGACUCUGCCCUAUACUUCUGAAUCUAUGACAGAAUAUGUCUUGACUUUGAGGUUGUAUUUGACAGAAAUGAUCAAAGAUGAGCUAGAUAAUACAAUUUGGGAGAAAACAAAUGAGUUUUUAUUUUGUUUUGUCUUUUCCAGACCUGGUUUCUCUGCGUAGCCCUGGCUGUACUAGAACUCUGUAGAGCAGGCUGGCCUUGAACUCACAAAGAUCUGCUUGCUGAGUGCUCUGGGAUUAAAGGCAUGCGCCACCACCGCCUGGCAACAAAUGAGUUUUAAAGGAAAAAAAUCUGCUUUUCUCCUGGGACAUGUCACACUGCUAAAAAAAACAAAACAAACCAAAACAAAAAAGCUCCCCCCCAUUGGAAUAAGCUUGUAAUUUGGUAAAGGCAUUGCUUCUUUGUACAUAUACUUGUGUUAGUAGAGAAAAAUUAAGCUUGUUACUUUUCAGACUUUUUAUCCCAACAACUACUUGAUUUAUUACAACAUUCUUAGAUAAGGGUUUUCCAUUUCAAGUAGCUCAUUAUGGGAAAUCAAAGAUCUAAUACGAACCACAUGCGAAUUUUAAAACCUAUCUAUACUUAGCCCAUUUUUUGAACACUAAAUUCUUUCUAUAAGGAAAUAUUAAGAUACAUUCAUUAAAAAUAGGAAAUGGCCUUUAAAUAAUUUAGCUGGAAGCUAAGUUUUUAAGUGGUAUUAGUAAUGUUGAGUGUUAAAUAUGACCAUUCUGAUGAUAACUUCUGAAAAACAGUCCAGAAUAAUAGUCUUUCAGGAGUGUACCUCCUGUUCCUCAGGCAGUUGAGUCAACUUUUAUGAUAUAUAUACAUCUAUUUAAAAUCUGUGAAUGAAAUGAAAGAGAACAGGGUUUUUUAUCUUCCUGUGACUGACUUCAUUCGCUUAACAUGAUUAUCCCUGGUAACUUCAUUCUUUAUAGUUGAAAACAUUUCAUUGUGUUUUACGCCACAUUUCUUUUAUCUAUUCUUCUCGUUUUUGGACAUUUAGGCUGAUCCCACAAUUUAGCAUCUGUAGAUAGUGCUGCAAUACACAUUGACGUGAAAAUGUCAUUGUGAUAUGUACAUUUAGAGUCCUUUGGGGAAGUGCCCGGAAGUGCCAUAGCUGGAUUGUAGAGGAGAUCUGUUCUUAUUUUUUAAAAGAACUUACUGCUUUCCAUUACCGCAGGCACCAUGUGAGGUUCCCUUUUAUGCCCAUUCUCCUUGCCAACUUUUGUUGUUGAUUUGUUUCUCUUCUUUCUGGUGUUCGUUGUUUUGUGCCUUUUUAGACAGCUUCCUGCUAUCUAGCCCUAACUGACCUGGAAGUUGCUAUGGAGACCAGGCUGACUCUUUAGUGGGUCCUCCAGUCUCUCCAUCAUUUAAUUGUAGGCAUGGCUCCCACUUUAGGCUUGUUUAUUUUCCUCAAGGCUGCCAUUCUGAACGGUGAGGUCGAAUCUUAUUUCUCUGAGGGCUAGUGAGGAUGCAGACCUUUUCGUGUGUUUAUUGCCCAUUUAUGUGAGAUUCUUUUGGUUUUUGGGAUUCAGUAGCCCAUCUCCCCCUCCCUCUCUCCUUCUCUAGGUCUGGCCUCAGACUCAAAGAGUGCUGAGAUUAAAGAUUUAAAGGCACGUGCCACCACACCGAGAUCAGUAACCCAUUUCUUAUGUGCAUAUGUUUGUGCAUGGGUGUGUGCGUGCUGGUGCAUAUGUGUGUGGAGGCAGUGACCAACCUUGGUGUCAUUGCUCAGGUGGUGGUCACCUUCCUUUGUCUGCUUGUUUAAAACAGAGUCUCUCAGUGGCCUAGGAACUUGCCAGCUAAGCUAGGCUGUCCAGUGAGCCCCCGGGAUUUGUGCUUUGCCUCCCUUUGCCCUGGGCUUUUUAUUUUAAACUGUGACUUGUAGAUCGAGCUCAGGUCCUGUUUGCCAAGCAAGUUCUUUAACCAAUUGAGGUAUCUCCCUCCCCCUCGUUACCUUUCUUGAUUGGGGUGAUGUUUCUAUUGUUUGGGUUUUUGAGUUCUUUCCUAUUCUCUCAGUCCUCAGUCAAAUGUGUAGCCGGCCAAGAUUUUCUCCUGUUGUGUAUGUAAGACUGGCUGUCCCUUCACUCAAUUCACUGUUUCCUCUGCCCCAUUUGCUGCUUUUCAUUAUUUCCAGAGCAACUGUAAUCCUCGUGUUGAGGACUUGCUUCCUUGUGCUUCCAUUUCCCAGGAUUUCCCUGUCAGCCUCAGAGUUUCCAGGCUUCUGUGGGGUCCGGAAGAGACAGCAGUCUCAUUUCAUUCUACAUUUAGAUACCCAUUGUUGGAGAUGUCUUUAUGGAAGAUCAGGUGGCUGUGACUGCUCUUGUACUCCACUGGUCCUAUACCCGUCUUUGUGCAGCUACCACGUUGAUCUGUUACUGUAGCUUUGCCCUAUACUUGAAGUGAGAUGUAACACUUUCCGGAAGAUUGUUUUGCUCAGAAUUGCUCUCUGGGAUCUUUUGUAUUUCAGGGUGAGUGUGCGUGUGUGUUUCUGUGUCUGUGAAUGGCAUUGUAGUUUUGAUGGAAAUUGCACUGAAUCUGUGUAUUGCUUUUGGUAGUGUAGUUAUUUUCACAACAUUAAUUCUUCCAGCCUGCGAUCAUAGUUGGCCUUUCCCUUAUCUCGUAGUGAGUGCAUCCUUCUACUGCUUCCUUCAGUGGGUUAAGGUGUUUAUUGUGGACGCUUUUGGUGCCUUAGGCUUAUUCCAAAGUAGUUUUUGUUUUGUUUUGAAGCAGUUGUGAGUGGUGUUGCUUUGCAGAUUUCUUACCACGUUUAUUAUUUGUAUAUAAGACAGCUGCUGACUAGAAAGAGUGAAUUUUAACGAAGUGUUCAUAUUGCUGAAGGUUGAAAUUUGAACCGCUCGUUAGUACUAAAAUAAUUGAGGCUGACAUUUAAGUAAGGCAUUUUAUGUGGAGUUUGUACCAGCAUCUAAAGGCCAGCGUUGCUUGACUGUAGUGGAUACUUUAAAUGUAAUGAGGUAUUUACCCAAUUUACAGGUAGGUUGCUUUCCCUGCUUUUUUUGAGACUAUAUUUCACUCUGUGAACCCAAGCUGGCCAUAAACUUGUGGUCCCCGCCUUAGCUUCCUGUUGCCAGAGUUACGUGUAGUAAUGGCCAGCUGUAAUUUUUUUUAAUUUUCACAAUUUAUGCUAUUUUAAAAUGCAUGUUUAAUAUUUUCAGUUAUAGAAAUACAGAUAAAUAUAGAGUAUUUAAGCCAUUACUAGUUUCUUACUUGAAAAGCACUUUGCUUGGUUCAGUAUAUAAAAGUAGCUUUUAUACGGCAAAAUUAAAUUUUUUUAAAAACUUUUUAACUCAAGAGCCAACUGUUUAUAACAGAAUAAAGUGGUUUAGACAAAUACAUCUUCACAAAUUUUAGAGUAUUUUCAAUCCUUCAUGAUAGCAAAAAGCUUUCUUUGUUUGAACUCGGUAGCUCUUUCCCCUCCACCCUGCCCCUCCUUUCUCCUCCCCUGCCCCAUUAGUCAAUGGCUGUCUUUCCACUGCCGUGUCUCCCAGUUCAGACUGUUGGGCUUUGGGAAUGAAGGGGUUUGUUUCUUUUUAACAGUGAGUUUUAGUCUUUCUGCCCAAGAUGAACACUAUUAUGAGGAGAUCCUUUUUACUCCCCGCAUGACAUUGACUAUUCCCAAAGGAAAAAGAUGAACCUCUCUUAGUUGUACGGAACACUCUCGUAGUAAUAGAAUAGAAACAGCCAAAGGAAAAAGAUGAACCUCUCUUAGUUGUACGGAACACUCUCGUAGUAAUAGAAUAGAAACAGUGGAGGGUUUUAGCAGGAUCAAUUAAAUUACAUAUCCCUUGGAAAAUACAGUUUAGUGAUUUUAUAUUCAGUACAGUAAAUAUCAAAAUAGGUAUCUUAGCACCCCUCUUUUAAGUUAAUUGAUGCAGAUAUUCGACAGUCGUAGUAUUGCUGGUUAAGUGCUUUGAAGAAUGUUAUAUUACCUGCUUACAUUAAAAAAAGAUUUCCUUUAGCAUUCAGAACGCUAUGAAGAUGAAAACAGUGAGCUCGUGCUGGUCCCCUUCCUUUCUGUUGUGUUGUCCCUGGAUAUAAAGACAAUGGAAACAACAGCACGAGUCUGCUUCUGAGAGGAGGGAACGCACUCACUGUUUGGUGUCCUUAGUGACGUACUAAAGUGGGCACAGAGCUAAGGAGAUCAGAUGCCCGACGCAUGGCUUUCCUGUGUGUGUGAGAGAGAGUUUUCGGCACAUUCUCUCUUUGUAAUAGAGAUCUGGGAUGCUUUGUGCUUCCUGUUCAGCCCAGAUAACAACUUCCUCCUCCCCACUUUUCCUUCUCACUCCUGUUUCUGUUUCUGCCUUUUCUUUCUUUGAGAUACAGCAGAGAGAAAAACUCAGGUAUGCAAUUGAAUUUCAUACUCUUUUUUUUUUUUCGAGACAGGGUUUCUCUGUGUAGCUUUGCGCCUUUCCUGGAACUCGCUUUGGAGACCAGGCUGGCCUCGAACUCACAGAGAUCCACCUGGCUCUGCCUCCCAAGUGCUGGGAUUAAAGGCGUGCGCCACCACCGCCCAGCGAAUUUCAUACUCUUAAUUAGCACUCAUGACUUCAGCUCUCUCUCCUGCCAGCACUGCCAUCAUCCACCAUUCCAGCGUAAAUUCAUCCACGUAUCACUGAUAUUUAAAGGGAUCUAGCUGGCAGUGUGUUGGAUUUAACAAAUAAGGUAGAAGAAAUAACGUGUUGUUUGUUUUUGUUUGGUUUGGUUUCUCUGUAUAACCCUGGCUCUCAUUCUAUAGUUCAGGCUGGCCUUGAACUCAGAGAUCCACCUGUCUCUGCCUCCCAAGGAAAUAUCAUUUUUUAACGUACUGCGUUUCAUUCCUUACAGCAAAUCAUGUUCUAAUGUUUUGUCAAAAAUUUUUAAAUAAUAUCUUUUGUAGAAAUGUUUAUAAACAUGUAACUAUGUUGUAUGGUUCUAUAAUUACUAAUAAAAUAAUUUUCAAGUUA